AUGCACUUCUGUCCGUCAUGCGGCAACAUCCUGCUUGUGGAGCCCGACUCCGAUGGCAUGCGUUUCUUCUGCCAGACGUGUCCUUACCUGUUCCAGAUUAAUGACAAAGUGGAGAAGAAGGUGCCGCUACAGCGCAAACAGGUGGACGACGUGCUGGGCGGCGACGAAGCCUGGGAGAACGUCGACCAGACCGAAACUCGCUGCCCUCAUUGCGAGUACAACAAGGCCUACUUCAUGCAGAUCCAGAUCCGAUCAGCCGACGAGCCGUCCACGACCUUCUACAAGUGUGUGCAGUGCAAGAAGCAGUGGAACGAUUAA